AUGCUAAUUCAGCCAUCAGAUACGCAUCUGAGUGGUCCAGUGAAACAUGCUAGCAGAAUGUCGGAAGGCCUUAUGUCCCACCGUCGGCUGGUCGUCCAACCAGACGUCCAUGAACGAAAGAAUGCAUUGGCGGUAAAGGCUGCACGACCAACAGCUACUACAACCUGCUCCACGACGUCGACCACCUCUGCAAGAGGCGAUCAACUUGACGGUAUCGAAUGUCGCCUCGAAGGAGCCGAGUUGUGGGAGAAGUUCUUCGAACUUCGGCACGGAAAUGAUUAUCACAAAAAGCGGCCGCUACCGUGUGAAACGGCAGAAGCUGUAGCGAUUUGUGAUGACGAAACGCUGGCGGAUGAUUCACCAGACCUUAUGGUGGUCCCCAGAGAGGGGAGCGGUGAUUUUGCCCAACUUUGGCCAUCUGUCGACAAGGAGAUUUCUCAAAGUCAUCAAUAUCGAACCCAACCAGCUUGGGUGGCGAUUGCGCUACUCGCAAUCAGUUCUUCCCCACCACCACCACCUAUGCUACCGUACCAUCGCCAACCAGGUGCUACUGCGAUAAUGUCCGUGCGCGGUGGAAAACGAGUCUUUUGA